CGGCUACAAAAUAAAGCCCAAUGGGCCUAAAAAGAGAAAGCCCGGUAUUAGAAUAAAGCCCAAUGGGCCUCAACCACUCUGAACCAGCAAUUCCGGCCAUCCCUUUUGUUUCUCCGCUCUUGUUUCUCUCUCUCCAUCACUGGUUUUUCUCUCUCUAGUUUCCAUUUUCGUUCUAAUGAUUAUUGAUUCAACAGGGGAAGCGAAACGGUGAAAUUCUAGAAAGAGGGGAAAGUAAGGAACGAAAACACGCACAGAGAGGUGAAUUUCUAGCUUCCGUAAUUCCAAAAUCUUGAUAAAAAUGAGGAAUUGCCGGCGAACUUCUUCGUACUCGCGUGAAGAAGACUUACACUUGUGCCACGUAUAUCUCGAUAUAUCGCGUUGCCCUAUUAGAGGAGCAGAGUCAAAGGGGCAUUUAUGGACAAUGAUUGAUACCGAGUACCACAGCACAAAACCGAAGUCUAUUACUCAGCGUAGACCGAUAAGAUCCUUGUGUGCUCGGAUGCGAGUUAUUCUCGCUGCAAUUGACAAACUGAAGGGAUGCAUUCAGCAAGUGGAGGAUCUUAAUCUUGUUGACGCUUCCGAACAAGAAAUUUUAUUUCGAGCUAGAUCUCUCUUAAUAAAAGAUGCUAAUUUCAAGAAAGGGUUCAGAUUCGAUCACGUGUGGCCCCUCCUUAAAGAUAUCGAGAAAUACGGAUACGAGAUUAACACAAAUGGAGGAGGAGGAACAGUCUUUGAGUUUGAGGGGCAAAAUUGUAAUAAUGUACCGUCACUGUCAAAGUCACACUCGGAGGACAAAGCUCCGUCUUCGUCUCAAUCAAUAUCACCCGGACUGUCUUCAUCUUCACUAAACGAAAACGAAGAAAAUCUCGAGGGUGCCGCAAGUCAAAAGGGGGCAAAAGUGACGAGGCAAAGUGACGAAGAAGGCACGAAACUUGUUGAUGCUAUUAGAGAAGAAAAUAGAGAACUGGCUCAAAUGUUGAAAGAGGACUACGAGUGUAGGCAGAAAGCUACACAGGUCGAAGCCCAAAACGAGUCGAAGAAAUUAGCCAUGGCUGAAUAUCGAGAAGAUAAUAAGAUUUUACUGAAAGAUUUGAAUUCAAUUACGGAUUUGAAUCUACGGGAGCUGUUCGUAAAUGAACAGAAGAGAAUCUGCUGAAAAGAUCUCAACAAGGCCAAGGAUCCCUUUAGAUAUCAAUCAAAUGUAUUUUUCUAGAUUUCUAAUUAUUUUUAUAGUUUUUGAAUUUGGUUAAAAUGUAGAGUUUUAUCUCAUUAUUGAUUUUCGCUACUGCUCGUUAAUUUAUUGUAAUUCGUUGUAAAUGUUAUCGACUAGUCGAAAUAUACAGUAUUUGAAUGGCCCUGAAAAAAAUGGCUAAAGGUCACAAGAUGUGUAUUAUAAUAGAAUGCAAUAAUAUUACAAAAAAAAAAAAAAAAAAAAAAAAAAAAAA